AUGGAACGAUUCAUGAAAGCUAAAGUCAGGAGUGAAAGGACCAUGUCCAAAGAGCAGCCUGCCUGCAAACGUGUUAGCCUUCAGUGGCUGGAAGAUACCAAGGCAGAGCUUGAACGUCGUGUGGAAGCUCUUGAAGAUGCUCAGCAUGAUACACCAGACAUUUUAUUCUGCUGUAAAAUUUGCUGUAAUAUUGUUGAACCUCAGGAACCCAUUUACAUGCAACUUGUCACAUAUUGCAAGUACAAUCUGAUUGUAUUAUAUGAAUCCACACCUAAAGAAAAUCAACCAAGUUAUUGGGCUCAGUUAUGUAAAUACUGUGGAAAUCAUAAUGUGAUAUGGUUGAUCUCAGAAAAAGGAAUGGUAAACGUGCGACUGGGUAAGCUUGAAAAUGCUGUGGAACGAUCACUGACCUCUGUGCACCACUGCAUUGACAAUCUCUUGCUCAACCUGGGGGAGAAAGAAAAGGAAGAAGCCAGGGGUAUAGCAGAUAUCCCAGUUGAGGACGAUGCUGCCUUCCCGGUGCAUCUGGCUGCCCAGGUGGGUAACCUCGCUGCUGUGAAGGCCCUGGUCCUCGCUGGAGUAGACGUUGGCAUCAGGAAUCAGAGGGGCAAAACUGUUUUACAGAUUGCAGCUGCGGGAGGUCAUUCAGAGAUUGUGGAGCUCCUGCUGAGACAGCACCAGGAUUCAGAGGAUGAUCUGCAAUCAGCGGCAGCACAGGAGCAGCUGCAGGAAGCCCUGAUGAACGCUGUAGAUUCAUCUGUCAACAAGUUGCUCAUCAGCAAGUUGGGGCGCAGUGCUGGUGUGGAAGUGUUGCACCGUGCUGCAUGUAAGGGCCGUCUUCUUCUUCUUCAUGAUCUGCUGCAUUCAGGCGUUGAUCCGAACGCCGUGGAUGUGAACGGAUGGACUGCACUGCACUUGGCAGCAGACGGAGGCCACUCAGAAUGUGUCAAGAUACUGUUGGACUCGGACUGUAAUGGAUGGACAGCCCUUCACUGUGCUGCCUUUAAUAAGUGGCCAGAGUGUGUUAAAGUGCUUCUGAGAUAUGGUGUGGACAUUGCCUUAACAAACAGCCGUGGAGAGUCAGCCCUUCACCUCGCCGCCUGCCUCAGCACUGCUGAAAGGGACAGCAUAGGUGAUGCAUCUGCUGCCCUUGCACAGCGUACACAAGUAAUCAAGUUACUGUUGUCCGCUGGUGCUGACCCCAAUGUACAGAGCAAAGAUGGCAGAACAGCAUUGCAGCAGGAUGGUGUUCAAGCUCUGCUCCAAGUUCCUAGUCCAAUCCUUGCUGCACACCUGUGUAGCUAG